UUUUUGUUGGUGUCAUCAGUGUUCACAUAUCAACGAGUGACAUUCGAAGGCAAAAUAUUGCCCAUAUAUUAUGAAUUAGUGGCAUGGAUCACGAUGACGGGACCUUUAUUUGUGGUACCGCUGACUGCAUUAUAUGUUUUAUUUGAUGCGUAUAGAAAUGGCAAGUCAAUCGUCGAUCCGGUUUCGAGAGUGGCAUCGGCACGUAGACCGAACGCAACGAUGGCUGAUGAUGUAGGGUAUAAUACGAUGGUCGAAAUCAUCAAUGAAUGGGCAAAGAAGAAUAAUUUCACGAGCGGUAGCGACGAUGAUGCUGAAAAUCAGUUUCAGUUAUCGAGCAAUGAUAAUGAUGAUUCCGUAUCGAAGCAAACACGUCUCAAAAAUAAGCACGCGUACGUUUUAAAGAUAAUUAUAGACUACGAGACUUCACGUAACAUUCAAAAUAUUCUACUGCAAGUACAACCUUAA